AUGGAUCCAAGCAUCUCUGAAUCCACAGGGCUGCCUGCGAGCAUCAUUCUGCUUCUGCUAGCAGUCAUAACUCUGUUGGCAUUCACCGUCCAUCGUGGGCUUACCGUUGAUCACAGUCCCGGGGAGCCUCCAAUUAUUAGGCCAGGGAUACCUUAUAUCGGCCACAUACUAGGAAUCAUCAGAUACGGGACCAAGUACUUUGAAAUAGUCAACCGCAAAACUCGGUACCCAAUCUACACAUUACCCACCUUAUCCACUAGGCAGUACAUUGUCACGUCUCCUCAGAUUGCUGCCCAGCUCCAGCGACAGCACAAGGACCUCGCCUUUUACAAUGUCAUUCUGGAAGUUACUCGCAGGUUGACAAACCUCAGACCAAGCACCAUGAAAAUCGUCAUGAAGAACGUCAAUGCUGAGCAGGGUGAUUGGGGCCUCAUGCCGACUAUGCACGAUAUGUUCAACACCGUCCUCGGCCGAGGAGAGUCACUCAAAGAUCUUACUCGUUCGCAGAUGUCGAUUUUCUCAGAGAUGCUGAAUGACGUCGCCAUUGGGAGGGACUGUUUGGAGACCAACCUGUUCCAGUGGAUUAAGUCAAUCUUUGCAUUUGCGAAUGCAAAGUCCAUAUACGGCCCAGAGAACCCGUUUGCUCUUGAUUCCAGUUUGGUUGACGCUUUCUGGGAUUUUGAGGCGGGCAUGCUGGCUCUCAUCAUUGACAUCUUUCCUUCUAUCACGGCAAGGAGAGCAUAUCUAGGACGCGAGGCAGUUGCCAGGGCCCUCGUUGACUAUGUGAGAGAGAAACGCUAUCACAAGGCCUCUCUUCUCAUUCAAAAGCGCAUCGGCAUCAAUUUGAGUCACGGAUUUACAGAAACGGAAGCUGGUCGAUCCGAAAUUAUUCUACUCUUUGCAAUCCUUGGGAAUGCUGUGCCGUCAACAUUCUGGAUUCUCGCCAACAUCAUCAGCCGUCCAGAUUUGCUGGCCCAGAUACGGAAUGAAAUCGAGUCGGCAAUUCACGACAACGAAGACGGAAGCAAAAACGUCAAUCUCUCCAUCAUUGAAUCCUCCUGCCCGCUAUUUGUGUCGACAUACCGGGAGUCGCUGCGUUUGAUCGGCAACCUCGCGUCACUUCGCUACGUGUUGAGAGACACGGUAAUUGGACAACAUCAUCUGAGAAAGGACUCUAUUAUUCAAGUGGCUGGGAUCAUCAUACAUCAUGACCCACAAACUUGGGGUCAAGACAGCGACCAAUUCAACCCUCGUCGGUUCAUCAAGGGACAAGCGUCUGCAGUCAACACCGAUCAAGAGCAGUCGGGGUUGGAUCUCAAGGAGCCCGCUGCAACACAACUGCCUCCGGGUGUACCAUCAGCAGCAUUCCGUCUCUUUGGUGGCGGGAGCGUGGUGUGUCCAGGGCGCCACUUUGCGCAGAGUGAAAUUCUAGGGUUUGUUGCAUACUUGUUGAUGGCCUUCGAGAUUUCUGCCCCGGACGGGACGCCCAUCACAUUGCCUCCCCGGGACAAUGAAAAGAUUCCUUUGAGCGUCAUCAAGCCCAAAGGUGAUGUGAAUGUCAAGAUUAAAAGACGCAAAGGAUUCGAAGAUAUUUCGUGGCGGUUGUUGGCAGACGGCCAACGCUGA